AUUACUCUUAUAUUGUACGAAAAGAGAUAAUUCUAUUUUUUGAAUGUCAAAUAUUAUAUAUAUAUUUUGUAUCAAUAGUCUAUUGAUCUAUUGUCUAUUGAAACUUUAAGAUUAAGUCCAUUCCUUUAUACUAUCAUUUGGCGUUAAUUUUCGAAGAAUGGCUAGAAAUAUAUAUGAUAAUGAGGAAAAUUAUGAAUCGGAGGAAAAAGAUGAAAACGAAGAAUAUUUGAGAAAGUUCAGUUCAGUCAAGGCACGUUUAGAACGUAACUUUGAGAAAAUGAAACGAAUGCAAUAUGAUACCUUGAUAAACUCUAUGUCCGAAGAGCAUGAACGUGAAGCAGCCUUUCGUGAUUACUUAAUAAGUAUACAGUUACCAAGGGAAGAUGAGGAUUCUAUGGAUGACACAGAUUUCUUAAUGGAAAAGUUAGCUUUUGAUGGAGGCAUUGACCCAUUUGUAGAAGAUGAGGAAAAUGUUUUAGGUUGGUUGUUUAAAACAUAGCAAUGAUAUGAUUAUGUAUGUUUUUUUUUGUGU